CGAAUCUGGAACACUUGAACUGGCGGUGGGACGACGAAGAAGAUACAAUUCCGUUCGUUGAUUUCUCCUGACGACGAUGACUAGUUAUUGGUCUCAGAAUAGAUACUGGUAGAUACAUGUAGGAUGACGAUAUCCUUGACCUUUGUUUGGAAGGCUACUGUUUUAGCAGCCUAGUGGCAAGCGGACCGUCAAGGAAGGAGUAAUACAAAGUAGAACAUUCUUCGUCAAUUCAAAUUUUCAUUAUGACCUUGAGAGGGUCGCCACGUGCGUUACCGUUAGCGGUGCGGAGAGCGCCACUGGUGCUGCCCCGUUUGCUGCUGCUGUUCAUUGCAUCACUACUAAAUAGCGCAUAUGGCCAAGGAGACCCUGUCACAACUACUAGUACACCAGCGGUUACAACAUCCGACCAAUCUGCACCUGUCACGUAUCAUGAGGAUCCGCUGGGCUGUGUUGGCUCAGCAUGUACAUACAAGCUAGUCGGCACAGUGAACGUGUCACGAGGUGUUGUGGAUUUCGAGUGGACAACAGGAAUGCAAACAAACACUUGGUUAGCGCUAGGUGUAUCAAAUGACAUGUUCAUGCCAAACACUGAUGUCAUCAUGGGCUACUGGGAUGGAUCAACUGUGCAAAUGUCUGACAGGUAUGCUACAGGUUACUUUCUUCCACCCGUGGACAGUGAUGAAUCCCAAACCAGUGUGUUCAGUGGAUCACAAAUCAAUGGAGUCACCACAAUAAAGUUUAGCAGGAAAUGCACGUCGUCCGAUUCCAAAGACAUCUCGCUACAAGGCAACCAUCAUUUGAUUUUUGCAUAUGGUAACGUAAUAGCUCUGAGUAUUCAACAGCACCGAAACACACCAACCGUGACCAGUGGAAAGAUUUCCAUCAACUGCAACCCUGCAGCAACAACAACGAGUACAGUAGCUGCUGCUGUGACAACAAGUGAUGCCACAGUUGUAACCACCACUGCUACAACAACAUCCACACCGGCAAUCACAUAUCGUGAGGAUCCGCCGGGCUGUGUUGGCUCAGCAUGUACAUACAAGCUAGUCGGCACAGUGAACGUGUCACGAGGUGUUGUGGAUUUCGAGUGGACAACAGGAAUGCAAACAAACACUUGGUUAGCGCUAGGUGUAUCAAAUGACAUGUUCAUGCCAAACACUGAUGUCAUCAUGGGCUAUUGGGAUGGAUCAAGUGUGCAAAUGUCUGACAGAUAUGCUACAGGUUACUUUCUUCCACCCGUGGACAGUGAUGAAUCCCAAACCAGUGUGUUCAGUGGAUCACAAAUCAAUGGAGUCACCACAAUAAAGUUUAGCAGGAAGUGCACGUCAUCCGAUUCCAAAGACAUCUCGCUACAAGGCAACCAUCAUUUGAUUUUUGCAUAUGGUAACGUAAUAGCUCUGAAUAUUGAAAAGCACCCAAACACACCAACCGUGACCAGUGGAAAGAUUUCCAUCAACUGCAACCCUGCAGCAACAACAACGAGUACAGUAGCUGCUGCUGUGACAACAAGUGAUGCCACAGUUGUAACCACCACUGCUACAACAACAUCCACACCGGCAAUCACAUAUCAUGAGGAUCCGCCGGGCUGUGUUGGCUCAGCAUGUACAUACAAGCUAGUCGGCACAGUGAACGUGUCACGAGGUGUUGUGGAUUUCGAGUGGACAACAGGAAUGCAAACAAACACUUGGUUAGCGCUAGGUGUAUCAAAUGACAUGUUCAUGCCAAACACUGAUGUCAUCAUGGGCUAUUGGGAUGGAUCACGUGUGCAAAUGUCUGACAGGUAUGCUACAGGUUACUUUCUUCCACCCGUGGACAGUGAUGAAUCCCAAACCAGUGUGUUCAGUGGAUCACAAAUCAAUGGAGUCACCACAAUAAAGUUUAGCAGGAAGUGCACGUCAUCCGACUCCAAAGACAUCUCGCUACAAGGCAACCAUCAUUUGAUUUUUGCAUAUGGUAACGUAAUAGCUCUGAAUAUUGAAAAGCACGCAAUCACACCAACCGUGACCAGUGGAAAGAUUUCCAUCAACUGCAACCCUGCUGUGCCAACGACUACAGUAGCUGGUGCUGUGACAACAAGUGAUGUCGGAGUUGAUAUUACCCCUGGUGCUGUGACAACAAGUGAUGUCGGAGUUGAUACUACCCCUGGUGCUGUGACAACCAGUGCACCAACGUCCACACCAAGAGCAGUCUGUGUGCAUGUUCCCAGUUGGACCCUGGACAUUGAAAGAGGACAUUUGAACAUUACCUUUGGCCUGCGAGCGGGAGAAUCACUGGGCGUUUUCACUUCAAUCAACUGUAGUUACGUGUCAAUUGUAGAUGCAGCAGGAAUGCCAUAUAUCUCAUCGAUCAAGCACUAUGACGUUGGGUCUAUGUCCGCUGGGAACACUUCACUGUGCCUGAUUUCACCCAACGAAAAGGACUUGCUGCUGAGGGUGAACGAGAGCAAUGCAUUUGUGGUGGUUCGUAAUGGUUCGGGUCUGAUCACCACGCUUGGCCGGUCAGUGUUUUCUGACCAGUCCUGCAGCUCGGGCCACCAGAGCGCAACUAUUAUUCCAGACACGGUUCCCCCGGUAGUAACGUCCGUAUUCGCCAACAUGUCUUCUUUGAUGUUGCAAGUGCUGAUCAAUGAGAACGUACGUGACACCACAAUCAACGUGACCCUGCUUUUGUCUGGUGGACGAACCCUAGACAAAGUUGCCGUGUUCAAAGUCAGUGAUAUUUUUACUGGCGUUGCUUUCUUCGCUGCCAAUAUCUCGUGCAUGGAAGCCGAGGAUAUCAAUGCAGGACCUGUGAAUGCAUCAUUUGCCAAUGGCGCAUUUGUUGACCAAGCAGGUGUAUCCAAUGUAGCUGCUGGUAACCUCACCGUCAUCACAUAUGGUUCAGGUGUUAAAGAUAUUGCUAAUUGGACUAUAGACCUGCAGGCCAAUAGCACACUGACCGUUGAGUUUAAGUUGCACCAGAACGAGGCCAUUUCCCCCUCGGAGUCGAUCAACUGCUCGGCAGUAUCCAUCGUCAGCCGUGCUGGCACUCCAUACAUUCAAUCUCUCGAUGGCAAUUCAUCAGUGACACCCACUGGGUUUGUGUGUCGCCUGACUCCAAGUGAAGCUGCCAUUCUGUCUGGAGUCAAUGCAAGCGAUGUCCAAGUCCGCAUUGGUGUUAACAAUGGGUUGACAACAACAUCAUUACAAUCAGUUGCCAGUUCCACUCUCUGCCCUUUGAAUCAGCCUGACCCCAUCAUCCUCCGUGUGUGCCCGCCGGAUGUGUCCCGGUGGACGUUGGAUCUGGGCAGUGGUAAACUAAUAGCAACUGUUCGGGUACGACCAAUGGAUGGGCUACGAUUGUUCGACUCUGUCCGAUGCAACCAAAUCUCUGUUGUCAAUCGCACCCUGGACCCGUAUGUAGCUGGAUUCUCAGAUUAUUAUGGGUUCCUUCAAAACAACGAAACGUUUCAGUGUAAGCUGUCGGCUACGGAGAGAGUGAAGUUACUGAAUGCCAAUGCCAGCAAUGCACUUCUUAUCAUCUACAAUGGAUCAGGUCUCGUAACAGAUAGUGGGACGUUUGUUGUCACGGAUUUCUCAUGUGGUGCAUUGAAUCAGACAGUUACGAUAUUACCGGACACUGUCCCACCGGGGCUCGGUAAUUGGCACAUAAACUUGGACCGGAUGGCUGGGAAUGUCACGUUCAACGAAACACUACGGGAUCAAGCCAUCAAUCUGACCCUUGUACUUCCCGGUGGCAAUACGUCUGACAAGACUGCUGUUCACCUUGGCAACAGCAUAAAUGGCAACAGCAUAUACACUUACAAUCUCACUUGCUUUGAAGCGAGGUCAUUUUACCAGGGGGGCGUGAAGAUAUCUCUCCACCGUGGAGCGGUUUUUGACGUUGCUGGCAACCCCAAUCAAGCCAGCACCGACACUGAUGAUCACUUUUCCGGUCCCACCGAUGUGAAGGAAUGGACACUUGAUCUAGAUGCAGGUAUCGUUGCAGUUAACAUCACCAACGACGUACCUUAUCAAUUGGAUAAGGUGGAUCUGCAGAACUUCACCUGUCAAUCACUCUCGAUAGUCAAUGGGUUGGGUGUGCCCUACGUAGCAUCUAUCAGUGGAGAACUCAAGACACCGAGCAACCGUUCCAGUACAAAUACAUUUUCGUGCCGCCUGUCACCACUGGAGCUGGUAUCACUCGCCGGGCUUAACCAGUCAGAUAUAUUCCUGGCUAUUCCUGCUAACUCAUCUGAUGUUUCUUCAACCGCUGGUAGGAAUUUCCACACAGUUGAACAAUGCCCAGCGCCACUGUCGCUACUUGUCCCCGACUCUACUCUGCCCCGUUUGGUUCUCGCACAAGCCAAUCUAUCCAGUUCUAUUGGCACUGUGCAGUUCAACGAGGGAAUAAUGGAAAACUCAGUCAUAGUUGCACUGAGCAUUGUACCCCUUCCAACGAUCAAUGCUACUAUGAACAAAUUCACUCCCCUCAGUUUCAGCGGAGUCUUCAACUGUGACAUGUGGACCGCCUUGAGUCGCAACGCAAGCGCACUGGCAGAAAUAGGCUAUGGAGCAGUUUCAGAUCUCUCCGGAAACAAGAAUCGAAAACAAGUGCUGAAUGUAACUAUCCCAGACAAAGGUCCUCCUAGGAUCCGGACAUGGGGACUUGAUUUGAAUGGCCCGUUCCUACAUGUUUCUCUGGACAUGGAUGAUGGUGUUGAGAUGUUGAACUCAUCAGCCAGUAUUGACUGCACCUCACUGACCAUUGGCAAUUCUACUGGUUAUCAGUAUGCAACACUGACAAGCCCGUCUGGAUACGUACUCUCCACUGGAGGUGUGUUCCGCUGCCCACUCGACAGACGCUCCAAGGAUGCCAUUGCAACGGUUUCCUCACCCGGAGACCUGUCGUUAGUCAUUGGCAACCAAUCCACCAUAGAGACCACAGCUGGACGCCUAGUGUACACACCAACGGCAUGCCAAGAUGGAACCAAUAUCUCUGGCUUCGCCUGGGAUUUCACACCACCAGUCCUGGCAAGUGCUGCAGCAGACCUCAUCAAGAGCACAGUCAGUCUAAACUUUAGUGAGACGGUGCAGGAGACCAGUGUGAAUGUCACUAGCUUUGUGAAUACAAUUCCAAAUCUUGUCCCACUUCAUACUGCUAAGCUUAAUGCAGCUGACUACACCUAUUCGACCAACGUGACAUGCUCCGACCUGCAAGGAAUUCUAUCAAACAACGUCACUAUUCAGACAUCUCAAGUAACCGACCUAUCUCGCAAUGCAGCCAAUCCUAACAUAACGGUGUUAGUUCAAGUACCGCUGGGAAGUCCAAUGACGUACAGUAAUUGGACAUUGAACUUGGACACAUCUAUUGUCACGGUAUAUCCACGGAUGUACAAUUCAGAGAAGAUUCGAAACGAGUCUAUCAUCAACUGCUCUCAGUUCUACCUAGUGAACAGGACAUCCCCUGAUAAUGUGUUAGUGCAAUUAACUGGUCCAGCAAGUCUUCUCAAUGGAACACGUAUCCAGUGCAGCAUACCAGAGGAUGGGAAACGCACUGCAGCAAGCCUCUCAUCAUUCAUGUUUCUAGCAGUAUGGGGCACCAUGUCCGGUGUCGUCAGCACAAGAGACCGCGUCUUGACCACAAGCUGGCCAUGUAGCCAGCCGCACGGUGCCAGCAGAGUGAUAUUUGAUAGCACACGCCCUGCGGUCAAGCUUGUUACAGCCGAACUCAGCCAGAAGGAGAUCACAGUUUCCUUGGCUGAAGAUGUCACCAGCAGUGAAAUCAAUGUGACUUUGACCUAUAGACCAAGUUUGAACAUGUCCGCCACGUACACCGCACGGCGUGUUUCAGUUGCCCUCUUCCGGUUUACCUUUCCAUGUGGACCAGCGGAGCGUGAUGACUUGGUGUCAAAGUUGAGCACUUGGACUGUUGCAUCUGGCGCUUUCCAAGACUUCUCCAUGAAUAGAAAUGCUGCAGCGAGUGGCACCAUCACAGCAGUUAUCUUGGGAGGACCGUUGGAGGUAGACAGUUGGGACUUGGAUCUUAACACUGCCAGCCUCACAGUCAGUGUAGGACUAUACCCAUUGGAGAGUAUUGACGCUGCCCAGACAGCGGUGAAUUGUAGUGCACUGACCAUACUCAACAGUACCCUCCUGCCUAACACAGUUGUUACGCUGAGAGGUGCGGGAAGUGUUGCAGCAAGUCGGCGCCAGAUCACGUGCAACAUUCUUCCGGCAGCGCUUGAUUCCCUGCAGCUUAUGACCCAGCGCCUGCUGUCAGUGGGGACAACGUCUGGCGUUCUCAGUACUGACAACCGCACGCUCGAGACACUGGGAACGUGCAAUGACAAUACACCUGCGACCAAUGUCAUUCCAGACAUUACUCUACCCGCAGUAUCGGUGUUACAGACAAAUCUCAUCACCAGGGCGGGCAUACUGAUGUUCACAGAGACACUACUGCUUCCAAAGUUGAACUUCUCACUUCAGCUCUCCCCUAUGAUCAACAAAACUGCAACCGAGAAUGCCGGUGGUCGUUUCACUUUCCCUGUGACUUGUUCUGAUCGAGUUGCCAUUGUUCAAAGAGGUAAUGUGUCAGCUUUCUUUGCUGCCGGGUCGUACACUGACCUUGGACUCAACACAAACAUUGCCACAACACUACCUGUGCAACUGACUUCCAUUAGUCCACUGGAUAUACGGUCCUGGGAGCUGGACUUGAACCGCGGCACUUUCACAUUGAAUCUACAACUGUACCCCGCAGAAUCGAUUGCAUCGCCCACGCGCACCUAUUGUGAUGGAAUAGGCAUUCAAGACACUGAGUUUGACACAAGCACUGCAGUGCAUUUGACUGGACCGGUUCAAGCCCAUGGAAAUGGCUCACUUCAGUGCAUGCUAUUCACACACCAGCUGGAUGGUCUCCAGCAGUUGGGAAACUGGCUGUUACAUAUUUCCAAUGCAUCUGCUGUCAACACAACCACUGGUCGCAGCAUUAGCACAAUUAACAGCUGCAAUGCAUUCAAGCGAGUAACUAAACUUGUACCAGACACAACACUCCCGACAGUUGUCAGAGUGGUUGCUGAUCUAAGUCCAUUGACUGGAUUUGUUAACAUCUCGGAAACCAUUCUUGAAUCAGAGAUCUCCUUUAAAUUGCUGCUUUUCUCCACCCCCAAACAAGCCACAGCCAAACUCAACUCUUUUGGACAGUUCGAAUUCAACUUCACGUGCCAGGAGCGGACAGAGAUCAUCCGCACGCCUGUAACAGAUGCAGAGUUUGCAGAGAAAUCUUUCACGGAUUUCGGCAUAAAUAAGAAUGUGAUGCUGACGUUUCCAAUUACCAUAGCAAGCCGAGGUCCUAUUGAAAUAGAUGAGUGGCAGCUUCAUCUGGAUGAACGAUACGUAGUUAUACAGGUGAUCUUGCGUAGUGAUGAGUUCAUCAACUCAUCGAGUGUGAUUGCAUGCAACCGCUUCAAUAUGCAGACUGCCCUGGGCUCUUAUGAUCUUCUGGGCAGUGGACUGGUGUUGACGCGGAACACCAUCCGAUGCAGUGUCAGCCUAGACGCGGUGGCUAACUACUCUUCACUCUCAAUCAGCAGUGUUAGUCUGGCCGUCAUUGGCCCCACUGGCGCAAGAGCCGUGCCAAGCGGACGCGAACUCGAGAACGACACCUGUUCCAUGAGUGUGCGGCCGACAAACAUCACGGCGCCGGUGCACCCAUCAGUGAAUGCUGUAUAUGUGAAUCUCCUGGAUCGCAGGGGUUUUGUUGACUUCUCAGAGGAGCCAUCGAGUUCCAUGGUUGCAUUUACCUUGAACGGAACAGGAGCAUUGACUCAGACAGUCAGCCAGGGCAUUCUUCGGUAUAUGUUCAAUCUAUCAUGUACUGCAAGAAGGCAGAUCACUCACAAUACAGUGGCCAUCUUCAAUGGUCUAUCCUUCUCUGACCAGUUUGGAUGGACGAACAGGAGACAAGUCGCGAGUGUCAACAUCACUGCCGAGGCACCUGCCACAAUCAAAUCAUGGUCACUGGAUAUGGAGCGUCAUUUUAUCAACAUCACCAUAACACAGGAUUCUCCCAAUGGUUACGCAGGAUUAGACUGCUCUGCGUUUCGCCUGUUUGAAGCACACAAUUCAACUCAUGGCUUUCCACCUGGUUUACCAGCCUGGCAUAGUAGUGCACUUGGAGGUAGUGUAAAGAAGAUCUCCGCCACGGAGGGACAGUGCCAAGUUACUGGCAGCACAUUCACCGAGCUUGCCAGACGCCUGAGCUCCGGCUUGAUUUACCUCUUUGCUGACAGCAGACCCCUGAACACCAUUCCUGUCAUUUCAACUGAUCUGUGCUACACGUUUAUAUCACCGGCAAUUGUCGUGCCCACCGUUCCACCGUCGACGACGUCUGUCACAGUCAAUGCUUCCAGCUUGGAGCUGCGUUUCACGUUCAGCGAGCGGCUCCGUCCUUCUUCGCCGUCAUUCAUGGCCACCUUGAUGUUCACGCCGGCAUCGGCAGCAGUGCCAAGCUGGCACCAGACCGUGUCUGUGUCUGCACUCACGGGCCAGGCGUAUGUGAAUUGCUCGCCUGCACGCACCAUCAGGGACUCAGAUACUGUGCAGGUGCACGUUGCAGCGGAUGCGUUCUAUGACGUUUACGGCAACGGGAACAAGAAUGGAUCUAUCACAACGACAUGGGUCAGCACAAGAAAUUGGACACUGGAUCUUGACAGUGGAUUGAUAGAGAUAGAACCAUACCCAGUACCGGCCGUCUGCAGCGCAGUCAAGAUCAUCAGUAACAACACUGCCAUGCCUGCUGUCCAGGUCAUAUCGGAUAACAGCGAUCCCAACGCCACCGCCAUCCAGUGCUCAUUCUUCGGCAACAGAGACAUGGUCACAAGCCUAGCGGCCAUGCAGCAGUGGAAUCUCAAGCUGAGCCUUCACUCCGUGGGCCUAUGUCAAGUGAUCAGUACGCACGGCAGAGUUAUACUGGACCACACUCUGCCGGUGAUUGAGGACGCCUGGGACGACCCAACUGCAUUUAUGUUGACUGUUAGAAUGAGUGAAUCCAUUCGAGUCAUGUCAAGUGUCAGUUUGCGGCUGAAUGUCAGUGGCGACUUCCAACCUGCUAUUUCAGGAUCUUUGCUGAACUCCACAUUGCUGAGCUUUCCUCUAACUUGCUCCGAUCUACAAAGUAUUGAGGCAGGAGGAGUGCUUGCCCGGCUGGACAGCGGAGCCGUGUCUGAUCUCUCUGGAAACAUGAAUCCAAUCACCAUGGUCGUUAUCUUGCGUGGCCAACAGCCGGAGGCAUUCGGUCUGAAGGACUGGGGACUUGAUCUAAAUGCUGGCAGUCUUACGCUAGUCCCUCAGCAGCCAAGCUGCGUAGAUACAGGAGCAAAUGACUGUGAUGGCAUAACUCUGUCAACACCAAUGUCAUUGCCAUUGGUAGUGAGUGGUGCUAGGAAUGGCAUCAGCUCAUACUCACGCCAGACAUGCUGGCUCUCGACUUCAGAUCUGAACCAGUUGAAGGUGAUGAAUGCCGAUGGAUCUAUUUACAUCUCUUCACUUGCCCUGCGUGAUAUCUAUGGACAAAGUGUUGCUAACUUCACCAGUGUCAGUCCUGCAAUAGUCAAAGACACGACGCAACCAGUCAUGUUGCAGUCAUCCGUAGUCCUGUUGCCGCCUAGCGCUUCUAUAGAGAUUAGUUAUGACGAACCUCUGAAGCGUGUCACAGGACUUUCUGGGACAGGAUCGGGCUCACUUGUCAUUGGAAGUGGUCAGAGUGCGUACCACGUGCCAAUAACGGUCAGCAGAGGGCAAAACUCUGUUCGUCUUGACCUGAGUGACACCGACUCGCUUCGAGCAGCAGAAAUUGCUUGCUCAUACUCUAAUGGUAUAGUCGAGCUCAACUUGAACGGAAGUGGAAUCAGAGACAUGGCUGGAAAUGCACCGAAUGGCUUAAUAACAGCCAAUGCCAGUGUCAAUGCAACUGCCCUGGCGCAGGCUAAAUUCAACAUCAGUCGCCGUUUGCUGAACGAGUCUAUCAUAGAUUAUGAAUGGCAGUCUUCCAUGACAGCCAGCCAGGUCAGCAUCUCAAUCAACUCAGGUUCGCCCGUUCUCUACCGUAAUGUCAAGCGACAGGCGGGAAUAUUCAUCUCUGGUGGUACCAUGCGAAACGCAACCGUCAUGGCACGUGCCACGUUUGGCAAUUGCGGAUCAGACAUCCUGGUGGAAACCAACAACCUCCCGCCACCAACACCUGGGCCAAGCGGGCAAGGCGGCAGUAGUGGUGUCGGUGCGGCGGCUGGUGGGGCAGCGGGUGGCGUUAUCGCCAUCAUCAUUAUCGUCAUCAUCGUCAUCGCCAUCAGGAAGAGGAAUGUCUCGCAGGAGGACGACGAUUUCUGGGGGAAAGCCGACAUGAGGAUGGGUUCUCGGAUGACUGCAACCAACAAGAUGUUCUUCAGUGACGAUGCCGCAGCAGAGUUCAGCCGAUCGCGCUACAACGCCGGCAUAGCGAUGGAAGAGUUUGCCGUCCACACACAGCGUAUGCACUCGGAUUGUGACUAUCCGUUUACCGAGGAAUACGAACUGAUCCGACGCUGGUGCACGGAGAAUCCCUACCCAAGCGCCAACAGCAGUCUUGGAAUAAAUCAGGAGAAGAACAGAUACAGAAACAUCACAGCUUAUGAUCACUCUCGCGUGGAGCUAUCUGUGCUGGACGAAAUGCCUGGUUCAGAUUACAUCAAUGCUAACUACAUCCAGGGCUACAACAGGCCAGAUGCUUUCAUCGCCGCCCAAGGGCCGCUAUCAAAUACAUUGGACGAUUUCUGGAGGAUGGUAUGGGAAGCGAAUAGUGCAGUGAUUGUUAUGGUGACAAACCUCUUGGAGCAGAGCAAGGUCAAAUGUGAGAAGUACUGGCCCGAGGAAGGUGUUGUCGUGUACGGCACUAUUGCUGUGGAGAUGAUUGAGCAGGAGAAAUUCGCCACAUACGUCAAGCGCACCUUCUCCAUCACUCAAGUAUCACAAGCAUCACCUGACAUUGUCCUGUCCGGUAGCCGUACAGUUACGCAGAUGCACUUCACCAUCUGGCCGGAUCACGGUGUUCCGACAAUGGCCGCUCCUCUGCUGACGUUUGUCAGACGUGUCAGAGAGCACAUCGUCGUGGAUGGCGGACCAACAGUCAUUCACUGCAGUGCUGGUGUGGGGAGAACAGGAACGCUCAUCGCUAUUUACUCUGAAAUGCUGCGAAUUGAGAAUGAGUCCGUCGUCAACGUAUUUGGCACCGUGAUGGGCAUGCGAGAGCGCCGCAAUCUCAUGGUGCAGACCGAGCAUCAGUACAUCUUCAUUCACGAUGCACUGGCAGAGUUAAUUGCCCUCGGUGACAGCUCUGUCCCAAUGGACCAGCUUCGCAAGACAAUCUGGCGCCUAUCGGAGACGGAUAGUAGUGACAGGACUGGCUAUGCUACAGAGAUGGCGCGUCUUCCCUCUGCCAGGCCAUACCCAAACAAGACUGUGGCAGCACUGAGGCCUGUCAAUCGCAACAAGAACCGCACCAGUGUCUAUGUGCCAUUGGACUCGAAUCGUGUGCGCCUGCCUGUCUUGACUGGUGAAAUAGGAUCCGACUACAUCAACGCUUCAUUCAUAGACGGUCACAAACGACAGCAAGCCCUGAUAGCGACGCAACACCCACUGCCCAGCACCGUAUACGAUUUCUGGCGCAUGGUGUGGGGCACACGGGCUGCCGGUGUCGUCAUGCUGAAUGCAAUCGAUGAGACGGAGACGGAUAUGGGUGCGUACUGGCCAGAAGAAGGAGAGACGUCCGACUUUGAGGCGCUGACGGUCAGCGUAGUGAACAAGUACGAGCAGGAGCACUUCAUCCAGCGAGACAUUGAUAUCAAGAUCAAGACUCAAGCUCAAAUGCCCGCCAUGGCCCACAAUGGAAGAGCCAGCAUGAUGAAACCCAACUUGGAGCCGCUGAGAAUCCGCCAUCUGCAGUUCAAGGGCUGGGGAACUGACACGAGUCAGGUGCCGGAGGUUGAGGAUGUCCUGGAGCUGCUCAAGACGCUGUAUGGCUGGAAGCUGCAGUGCAAGGAUACACGGCCUGUCAUCAUCCAUUGCGACCAUGGCGCAGACCGCACAGGAACGUUUGCAGCCCUGUACAACAUGCGCGAGCGCCUGAUGUCGGAGCAAGCAGUUGACGUUUUCCAGACCGUACGCCUGCUGCGCUUUGCAAGAUAUAACAUGUGCUCAACAGAGAGCCACUACACAUUCCUGUACAGGGUAAUGCUUGAGUACACGGAAUCUCUUCCUGAGACGUCGAUCAUCUAGUCAUCACCAAUGUGCUUCAGCUACUAGUGUGACGACGCGCCAGUGACUGAGGAAUUGCCUGAGGAAUAGCCCGAUGACGAGCAUGACGGACUUCCCUCCGGAUGUUUCUCGGAUGUUUCUCAACCGUAACAAUGUUGACAAUACAGGUCAAAUUUCUGCUCGUAAUGCAUGCCUUGACCCACAGCUGUGAUUUCUCAUUCCAAACUGCGUAGGAACAAGAACGCAGUGAUGCCUGCAUCAAGCUGUCCUAUUCUCCUUAGCCCCCCCCCCCCCCCCUCGUAGCCCCCAAGCAGAGACGUAAGUGUAGAAAUUGCAUUUGAUUGCUUCAUUCAAUUCAAAACAGUACAAAACAUAGCCAUGCUCUUCUUGUACAUGUAUUUCAUGAGAUCAAUUCAGAAUAGAAGAUGUCAUUGUAGAUCAAUAUUUUGAAAGUAAUAUUCUAUUUAGAUUUAUCCAAUAUGGUUCAUGACCAUGUGCUAGGGUAACAUUUUCUUCACGAUCAUGUAGUUUCUUUCAAAUGAUGCGGGGUAGAACUACCCUUCUGAG